AUGUCUCUCGUUGUCCCCGAGGCCCACCAGCAAUUCCAGCACAUUCUCCGUCUGUUGAACACCAAUGUCGACGGAAAGCGCAAAAUCAUGUACGCUCUGACUGAAAUCAAGGGUGUUGGACGUCGUUACUCCAACUUGGUGUGCAAAAAGGCUGAUGUCGACCUGAACAAGCGCGCGGGCGACCUCAACUCAGACGAACUUGAACGGCUUGUCACCAUCAUUCAAAAUCCAACCCAGUUCAAGAUUCCUACCUGGUUUUUGAACAGACAAAAGGACAUUGUCGACGGCAAGAACUCUCAGAUCCUUUCCAACGGCGUUGAUUCCAAGCUUCGUGACGAUUUGGAGCGUUUGAAGAAGAUCAGGGCUCACCGUGGUUUGAGGCACUACUGGGGACUGCGCGUGAGGGGACAGCACACAAAGACGACAGGUCGUCGCGGCAAGACUGUUGGUGUAUCGAAGAAGCGCAACUAG